AUGGAUCAUAGGAUUUUUGGUGUCAUUUUGGGAGGGUCGCUGUUUGUUGCUUUUCUAGUCUAUAGCGAGGCUCCAUUUGUCAAAAUGACAAAUGCUGUCUGUAAGUCGUAUAACAAAUCGUGGGUAGCCGUUCACUAUUGCCGCCUGAAGGCCUAUUCCCGGAACAAGACUAGCCUGCACAUAAAUGUCACGUUAUCAGAGCCAGCCUAUCGCAUAUCCGUUCACAUGAAGAUGAUGAAGAAGGCCAAUGGCUAUAAGCCGUUUUUGGUUGAUUAUACCAUCGAUGCCUGCGAGUUUAUGAGAAGACGAAACCAGCCCGUUGCCAAGAUCAUCUGGAAUUUGAUCAAGGAUGUGUCCACGGUCAACCACACCUGUCCCUAUAUGGGCUUACAAAUGAUUAGCGAUUUCCAUCGUAUUGAAGUUCCUGUAGGUUUACCAUCUGGAGACUACUUACUUUUAUUGGAUUGGAUAUUCGAAGGAAAACCGCAGUUUGCCACAAAUGUUUAUUUCACAUUUGUAGAGGAUUUGAUUCCGAAAAAAUCAACUCGGGAAAGAAGCCGAAUUUCAGUAAGAAAUCAGGAUAAAAACCACGUUUAA